UAUAUUUUUAAACCACCAAACAUGCCAAAGUCUUGUGCUGUUGUUAGGGUCAUAUUGUUAUUUUGAUGUUCUUAUUUUGGCUUUCUCUUUGGAUACAGAAUGGGUUGAAUCAAAACAGAGACUCAGUAUUGGUAUAGUAUCUCCCUAUGCUGCUCAAGUAGUCGCAAUUAAGGACAGAGUGGGUAAGAAAUAUGAUAAGCUUGAUGGCUUUGAAGUGAAGGUAAAAACAGUUGAUGGGUUUCAAGGUGGGGAAGAGGACAUAAUUAUAAUGUCCACCGUACGAUCCAACAGCCAUCAAUCACUUCAGUUCAUUUCAAAAUCGCAGAGAGUUAAUGUCUCUCUUACAAGGGCUAGGCACUGUUUGUGGAUUUUGGGGAAUGAAAGAACUCUUUGCAAUGGUGAAUCUGUUUGGAAUGACUUGGUCCUUGAUGCCAAAAGUCGUCGAUGCUUCUUUAAUGCCGAUGAAGACAAGGAUUUAGCCAAGGCCAUAUUAGGGUUAAAGAAAGAGUUUGAUCAAUUUGAUGAUUUGCUCAAUGCCAACAGCAUACUUUUUAGAAGCGCUAGAUGGAAGGUACUUUUCAGUGAAUACUUUCUGAAGUCAUUCAAGAAACUGACAUCAGUCCGCUUGAAGAAGUCGGCACUAAAUCUUCUACUGAAGCUUUCCAGUGGUUGGAGACCGAAGAGGCGAGGUGUUGAGACACUUUCUGGUAGCUCUUCCAUGAUCUUGAAGAAAUUUAAAGUUGAAGGUCUGUACAUUAUUUGCACUAAUGACAUCUCAAAGAACCUACAAUACGUUCAAGUAUUAAAGAUCUGGGACAUAUUGCCUCUGGAGGAUAUCCCAAAGUUGAUAAACCGCCUGGAUGGUUUUUUCAACAGAUAUACUGAUAACUUUAUCAAUCUUUGCAAGGAGAAGUGUCUCGAUGGUGAUCUAGAGGUUCCACAAAGCUGGUCACCGUCUUUGGAAUUUUCCCGGUUUAAGGAUCUUAGCAUCAGUGAAGCUCAGAGUGAUUUAGUUGGUGACACUUCUGAUUGUAGAAGCUAUGUUGAGAAUUCACAGGUUAGCGAGAGUUUGUUGCUGAUGAAAUUUUAUUCCUUAUCAUCUGGGGUAGUAAACCACUUGCAGUCAGACCGUGAGGGUAGAGAACUAGAUCUUCCAUUUGAAGUUACAGAUGAAGAGAUGGAGAUUAUCCUUUAUCGUAGAAGUUCCUUUAUAGUGGGACGGUCGGGAACAGGGAAAACCACAGUUUUAACCAUGAAAUUGUUUCAAAAAGAACAGUGCCACCAAUUUGCAGUUGAAGGAUGCUAUAGUAGUCAAGAUACUAGCAAGGUUGAGCAGAGUUCUGCAGCUACUGAAGGGAAUGUUCUGCGCCAGCUUUUUGUGACAGUGAAUCCUAAGCUAUGUUUUGCCAUCAAGCGACAUGUUUCACACUUGAAAAGUUUUGCAUGUGGCGGAGGUAACUCAACUGAAAGAGGUUUAAUUGAUAUGGCUGAUUUUGAUGAGGAGGAAACCCAAUUCAAGGAUAUCCAAGAUUCAUUUCACGAUAUUCCUCCGAGUUCUUACCCACUUGUCAUUACAUUUCAUAAGUUUCUGAUGAUGCUCGAUGGAACAUUGAGUAACUCAUACUUUGAAAGAUUCCUUGAUGUGAAAGCUACUGUUGGCCAUUUUAGGAGUUCGAGAUCAGUUGCAUUUCAGAGCUUUAUAAGGACGAAAGAAGUCAAUUAUGAGAGGUUUAGCUCUUUGUAUUGGCCCCGUUUUAAUACUAAGAUAACAAAGAAGCUUGACGUUUCAAGAGUCUUUAUAGAGAUUAUUUCUUAUAUAAAAGGUGGCUUAGGAGCUAUAGAUGCAUGUGAUGGUAAACUCAGCCGGGAGGAUUACGUUCAACUGUGCGAGGACCGGGGUUCUAAUUUGAGCAAGCAAAAGAGAGAAGCGAUAUACGAUGUUUUUCAGGCUUAUGAAAAGUUGAAGAUGGCAAAUGGUGAAUUCGAUCUGGCUGAUUUUGUAAUUGAUCUUCACCGUCGACUCAAGCAUGAAAAAUAUGAGGGUGAUCAGAUGGAAUUUGUUUAUAUUGAUGAGGUUCAAGAUCUCACAAUGAGUCAAAUUGCUUUGUUUAAACACAUGUGCAACAAUGUUGAAGAGGGAUUUGUCUUUUCUGGUGAUACAGCACAAACAAUAGCAAGGGGUAUUGACUUUAGGUUUCAGGAUAUACGACAUCUGUUCUACAAGAAGUUUGUAUUGGAGUCGAGAAGCAAUAACAACGAUGAAAGAAAAGAAAAAGGCCUCGUCUCUGAAUUACUUCAGUUGACUCAAAACUUCCGUACUCAUGCUGGUAUAUUGAAGUUAUCACAAAGCAUUGUUGAAAUACUGUAUCGGUUUUUCCCCUCUUCUGUUGAUGUUUUAAAACCUGAAACCAGUCUGAUUUAUGGGGAAGCUCCAGUUUUGCUUGAAUCUGGGGAAAACGAAAAUGCAAUCAUGAAAAUUUUUGGAAACAGUGGAAAUAUAGUUGGCUUUGGUGCAGAGCAGGUGAUUUUGGUGCGAGAUGAUAGUGCUCGACGAGAUAUAUCCAAAUUUGUAGGGAAGCAUGCUCUUGUCCUAACCAUAGUGGAGUGUAAGGGCCUUGAGUUUCAGGACGUUCUCUUAUACAACUUUUUCGGCACAUCACCUUUGAAAAAUCAGUGGAGGGUUAUAUAUGAUUACAUGAAGGAACAAGAUUUACUUGACUCCACAUCACCUACGCGCUUUCCAAGUUUCAGUGAAUCAAAACACAACAUAUUGUGCUCUGAACUGAAGCAAUUAUAUGUGGCUGUUACUCGAACAAGACAGAGAUUGUGGAUUUGUGAAAAUGUGGAAGACCUCUCAAAACCUAUGUUUGACUAUUGGAAGAAAAAAUGUCUUGUGCAACAAAGGCAGCUAGAUGAUUCACUUACCCAGGCAAUGCAAGUGGCAAGCAGUCCAGAGGAGUGGAAAUCCCGAGGCAUUAAGCUAUAUCAUGAACAUAACUAUGAAAUGGCCACAAUGUGCUUUGAAAGAGCUGGUGACACUUACUGGGAAAGGAGGUCUAAAGCUUCCGCCCUUAAAGCUAUUGCUGACCGUAUGCGAACAUCAAAUCCCGAAGAGGCUAAAUCGAUCCUUAGAAAAGCUGCUGAAAUAUUUGAUGCUAUUGGCAAGGCAGAUUCUGCUGCGAGAUGUUUUUCUGAUUUGGGGGAGUAUGAAAGAGCAGCUAGGAUAUAUUUGGAAAAAUGUGGAGACUCUGAACUUCAAAGAGCGGCAGAAUGUUUUUCACUAGCGGGAUGCUAUAAGGAUGCUGCAGAUGUCUAUGCCAAGGGUGUUUAAGUAUGAACAUAAAUUAACAGAGAGAGAGAGAGAGUAAUGUUGCAGAGAGAAUGGAGAUUCAAGUGUGUUUAUUCAUUUCAUACAAAGAGGUAUUUAUAGGAAUACAUAUGAAGUGUGAAAGCUCAAAGAGUAACUCAAUUUGAUAACAACUACAUUUACAGCUGC